AUGCGAGUAAAAAGGGCACCGCGAAGGAGGGCUCCGCAUGUGUCAUCGAAGACCACCAAUAGCCAAGCUGCUAUCGAAAACGACGAAUCAAACACCAUUGCCAGGGCCGAAGCUAGCACCGCAGCAUCAGUGAAUCCGCAAGUGUUCAAGAAUCAGCUAUCGACGCCUCCUCAAACCUCACCCAAUAAUGAGUUUGGGCAAUCGUGGACUGAAGUCGCUAGAUUCCAAGAUGUUUCGCGCAAACGAUCCAGUAUGGAUUCUGAGGAAUACCAGCCAUUUACUCCGCAGAAAAGAAGAAAAACAUUUGGUGUACAUCCAUUGACACCUGUUUCAAAGAUAAAAGAGGCUGUAGAAGAGGAAAAGGGGGAUAAUGUUAUCUAUGUCGAGUCAGAUAAGGAGGAACUUCCACCGAAGGAACCUGGCCCAACUAAACGCACUUCGAAAUACAAGUCUCCAGGUAGAUAUAUGGGAGAAGAGAAUAUACAGGAAGAAUCAGUGAGAAGGAAACCACCCGAAAAUGAGUCAUUUUACAGGAAACAGUCAUACAAUCCGGAAAUUUAUGUUCCUGUCAAGAGGAAUAUUGCCAUGGAGGAUGGAUAUUCUCACGACUCAGACCGUUCAAGACCGUGGAGAAAAAGAUCAUAUACUCAAAAGAGGCCUGUACAGAGAUCAUCGCCUCAAAAGGAGAACUCAUUUACGGAACUCUUAGAGAAAAUGAAACGCUCAAGCACACCUGGCCCAGGCAAUCCCACUGACGAUAUGGAGCCUGGAGGUUCUGAUUCUUCCCCACCAGAAGAAAGACGACAGCCUAGAGGGAGAUCUAAAGCUCUUCAUACUCCAAGAUACUCUCUUGAUCUUCCUGUCGAAAUAAACGAGGAGGCAGAAUCGGGUGGCGGUGCCGGCGAAUCUGAACCAUCAUCCUCAUCUUCAGACAGUGAUAAUGGCGACGAUGGGAACAAUAACCCCAUAACCACACCCGAAACCCCGGACGAUAAUUCUGUUCCCAUGGAACCGAGUGAGAGAAUAAAAGAAGUACUAUUUCCGUAUCUUGCACUUGGAUUCUGUCCAGUCUCUCACCCAGCCAUCAAUGAUGAAGUUCCAGCAAUCGCAGAAGCAGCAGAAGGCGUAUUAUCCGGAGUCUACGCAUUACAUACGGCCUGGAUGGCGGCAUGUGUAUACCAUAAUAUAAAUCCCAAUCUCUCAAACAUCAAUGUAGAGAAGAGAGAAGACAUCACACCACACCAUUUUAGAUCCGUGCUUCUAACCACGACAUGCCAGCAAAAGGCUGUAGCAUUGUGGAUGCGAAAGUUUGUGGCCAAAUACGGUAGCAUAAAUCAUCCGGAAGCACGUAGAGAAUUGAGAUCGAGGGUUAGUAGUUGGGGAAGUUGGUUGGAUGCAGAGGCACUUCUCGCACUGUUACGAUCAGUGAAUGAAGAAUUCGGAACGAACUUUAAUUUGGGGAUCGUGUAUCAAGGUUUCCGAGGUCGUCUGUUGGAUGGUGGCGGUUGUGAUGAAGAAUAUCUAUAUAGGACGCAUGGCCGUUUUCAUAACGAGAGAGGCAAGCAGGGUGACGGUCAGCCUUGGAUCUGGCUUUACUGUGACAAUGAGGGGAAGAGGUCAGAAGUACCUGGGCUGGAAGAGAAGCUUGAAGAUAGAUAUCUUGGAUUCGCGCGGUGGACUAGAGACACGAUGAACACGAUAGAUUUUGACGCAGGUACGAAACUUGUUCGAGAAUGGAAGAUUGCAAACCAGUUGAGAGACGAGGUCAAGUAUGGAUUUUGGCAGGUCAUGGAAGAUUGCGAAGGGGGUUCUGGAGUCGAGAUAGACGGAGAGAAGUGGGAAUUACUAGACGUCAAAAAGGGGCACUUCUUGAGAUAUGUUUUUCUGGAAUGUAAUUGGCAUAUUCCCAAGGGCUAUUGGUGGAUGAGGUUAGCAGGGACUCGUCGAGAAGAUUACGAAGACGAUGAAGAUCACGAUUUUGGCGUGCAUGAUACCGGUCUCGUACCUUGCAGUCGUUUGUUGCCAAUAACGGUCGACAAACGUGCUCCAGUACCAGAGAAAGGUGCAACAAGUCGCUGCGCGAAGCUUGAAGAUCCGGAAAUUGAUAUCGAGUCAUUCAUGGAGAAGACUGGCGCGGAUCAUGAUACAGCGGAAAUAUUUCUGGAUCAUGUUGCUGCAAUCCGAUCUGUUCCAGAGUAUCACUUGGAGAGGGUGAUGGUGGAUGUGUUUACAGAAUUGCAAAAGUUGGAGAAGGAAUUUAAGAGGCUAGCACCUCCCCAAAGUGAAGGAAAUGAUGUCGAGAAUGUCGGAGGAAAUUCUAAGACGGGCUCACCGUUGUCGAGAAAGAAUACCUCGCCAAGGUGGAGAACGAGCGACAGUCCAGGCAGCAAUAAGAGACUUGAGCUUUUCAAUGAGGGCAGUUCAAGUCGACCAAAGGAGGCCAGCAUCUCGCCAACAUCGAAAAAGGGCACAAAGAAGAAGAGUAGUGAGAAGACAAAAAUUUUGCCCAUUGAGAUGAUUGAUAUAACACGGAAGCAGAGCAGCACUUCACCAAAGUCGAAAAAGAAGCCGAAAGAAAAUGAUAGCCAGGGGUUAAAAGGCUCUCACAGUAGUAGAAGUCGACGACCGAAGAGUGCCUAA